UACUUACGUGACUAGGCAGUAUGGCAGUCGGCUCAAUCGGCUGCUUGUGAUAUAUGGUUCGGUUGUGCGUAAAGUUAUCGUCGCCGCGUAUUCACCGAUGUUUUCACGAUGACUCAAUCAAGUCGAACCGUGUUUCAGCAGUAAAGAAUGAAUUAUUGGUAUAUUCUUCUUUUACUCUGCUGAUUUUAAUAUUGCUCCAAUUAGUGGCUCCAAAGUCAGCACAUUGACAUUGACAGGUGGUAGUUGUCAUUUUCUGGUCGCAUCGUUGGAGGUUAUAGCACCAUGUUUGCAACGCUAAAGAAUAAAAUAAGAGAAGAAAUAGGGAGUGACGUGUCAACUGUCGUUAGAAAUGCCGGCAAUGUGCGUGGUAUCAAUUCAAGGCAUAUGUCUCAGACGGGAUCCACAAGUAGCAUUAGUGGAUCUCAGCUUUCAUUAGAUGGUUCUCGAGAAGAAAAUGCAGCAUCACCUUCUCCACCUAUUUCUUUAAAAAAAGACAAUAGUUUUGAUCUGAAAUUGAAUGAUGGAAUGCAACUUUCUGCCAAAGAUAUUAAAAAAUUUGAAAACAGAGAAGAUGAGUGGCGGAAAAGAUUAGCCAAAAAAGAAGCAGAGAUGCUAAAAAGAAUGGAAAAGAAGGAAGAAGAAUGGAAAGUAAGACUUCUUGAGAGAGAAAAAGAAUGGAAGAAAGUUGUUGAAAAACAAGAAAAGGAGAAAAGCAGAUUAGAAGAGGAACUACAAAAUAUAGAACGCACAAAACAGUCAUUGGAAUUAUCUUUAAAAGAUGCUGAAGAAUAUAAAAAGAAGUUGUAUAGUUUUCAAGAAGAUGCAGAACAGCUAGAAGGUUUCCAAACCCAAGAAAUGGCAAAAAUAAAGCAUUUAUUGUUGGCCAAAGAACAAGAAGUGGACGAGAAAACGCAUCAUUUAAAAGCAGCUACUGGAGAAAUUGACAGUUUAAAAAGUGAAGUUUCACGACUAAGAAGAUAUGAAGAUGAGUUGAACAAUGUGCAGGAUGAAAUGGAAACAUUACGCCAUUCUACUCAGCGAGAGAGAGCUCAACUUUCCUGUCAACUAGCACAAACCGAAGAAGAAGUUCGUCAUCUAAAGGACAAAGUUUUUGUGUUAGAACAGAGAAUUGCUUUAGAGACUAAUGAUCAAGUGACGGUUGAUGAAAGAAUAGCUGAUCUGAUGAGAGAAAGAGCAUUGUUAGAAAGGAAGUUGGAGGAAGCACACCUUCAUCUAUCCGAUAUAAAGACUAGUUGGUCAGGGAAAAUAUCCAGUUUAGAAACACAAGUUGGAAGGCUUAGUAGACAGGCUGGUGAGGAAGGUUUAGAGAGAAGACGAGUUGAAGAGGAAAGUGAGAAAUUGAAGCAAAGGAUCAAGCAGCUAGAAGCUGAAAUAGAGGUGAACAAUGUUGUCAUGGCGACGAAAGACGCCAAGCUUUUGCGCAUGGCAGAGGACAUCGACGAGAUGGCCACGGAACUAAAAGAGCUCCGGGCCAGCGUCGAUGAUGAGGUGGAAGAGUUUAAGCGGCAAAUUGAAUCAUCAUCUAAGGAGAUCUCUGAAUUGAAGCAAAAUCUAACAGAAACUACGACGAAGCUUACAGCUAUUACUUCUGAAUUAGCACACGUUCGUUUAUCUUUGGAAGGUGAACGAACAAAUAAUUCCUCCUUACACCUAGAGGUAGCUCGCUUAAGAGAAGACUUAGAAUCAGAACGAACAUCAUCAGCAACUUUAAGGGUGUGCUUAGAGAAGGAAAAAGGUGAAAAGGACUCUGCUUUAUUGAGAAACGCUCAGGUUUCUCAGGACAUUGAAAUUGUGAAACAGGAAAAUCGUCGUCAAGAAGUGGAGAAUGCAGAGUUACAAAAUAGGAUAGAAACUUUAGAAAACAAUUUACAGAAUAAAAGCAAGGAAGUUGAACAAGCAAUGGCAACGUUAGAAGAAACUAAGAAGCGAAUGUUAGAAUUAGAAGAAGUAGAACGAAACAGAGAGAAAAUUGAGAAAAAUGAAAAAGUUUUGAAAAGUAGUUUAUUGGACUUAGAGGAACAACUAAACGAGAAGACUAAGACAAUUAAGGUUUUACAACAACGGCUAACAGACAUGAAGAAGACCCUUCAUCGAGAGUUAAGAGUCCCAUCUUCUUCGCUGGACAGUGAUGCUGAACCUUCUGCUGCAAUUCUCAAGCCUAGCUCGUCAAAAACAAUCACUGCCAGACACACCACUACAAGAGAGGAUGACGUUAACUUCAAAUAUCUUAAACAUGUUCUCAUAAAGUUCCUAACAAGUAGGGAAUAUGAGGCUCUUCAUUUGACAAGAGCAGUUGCCACUCUUCUACAUUUCUCCCCGGAAGAGGAACGAUUGUUGCAAGAAACCUUGGAAUGGAAAAUGUCAUGGUUCGGUACCCGGCCUAAUUUAGGUUUUGGUCAGACUGCCAAAGCUAUACCGCCUAGCUGAUAGCUGCAACAAAUUUCCUUUUCUAUAGGUAUCAUAAAAGUGGCCACUGAUUCGUGGUUAAAGUCGAAGAAUUGGAUUGUGUCGAUAAUUGAUCGCACAUGAUCAAAAAGAUUAGCAAAGGAAACAGUGAUAGGAAAGAUUUAUAAGCUAGAAGUUUCAUAAAUUUUGUAAUAUAUUUAGCAUUUAUAAAACACAUAUAUAAUAUAAUUUAUUCACGAAAGCUAUAGCGAGCUUCGAAAACUUGCAGUAUAUUAUUGUGUAGCAUCAAAUAUUAUUUAGAGAAAAAUUUAUAAGUUGGGGAUAAAAAGGAAAAUCUUUAACAUUCAUCGUGUGUAAUGGCAUUGAGGAUAAAGAGACAAGAUGCAUAAUAUUGAUUCAGAAGUGAGUCACGAUACGUGAUUGUUUUCGUAUGCAAAUACUAUACAUACGUAACUUUGCAAUAUUCAAUACGCAAGAAUUAUAUCCAAAUUCAUUUAUUAUAUGUAUGUAUACGAUCAUAAAAUGAGAGCAAGGACUUCGGUCAUCAAAAGGUAUGUUUAAUUUUUUAUUUUCUGAUGUAAUACUUUUAUACAUAAAAAUUAUUCUAUCGUGCAUUUUUUUACCUGACCUAUUGUAUGCUUAAUUAAAGUACAUUAACAUCAUUUAAAUUGUUGCAUCAUCGUUCUAUGAUGUGAGCAACUUAGGAUUCUUUGGAAGUGUUCAAAUAUUCUUUAAACAUGGCUGCAGGUCGGUUAUAAAUAAUAAAAGCUUCGUUGGUCACGGAGCUAGAUGUAUAAUUGCCAUAAUUAUUAUUUGUGAUAUGAACAUUGCAUUUGUAUCAUGUUCAUGUUUGUAAAUAACAUAGUAGUGUCUCUGUAGGUGGUAAUCAAAAUACACGAAAAAUAGAAUGAUUUUUUAGAAAGAAUGAUUCAAUCAACUUGUAUCUAGUAACCGAGUCAAAUGAUUGUCUUUUAUCUGUGGUAUUUAUUUUAUGAAGUUUAUGUAAUUAUUUUAAUGAUAAUGAUAAAAUUAUAUUGACAGUAAAAAUUUAUAAUUAUAAGCGGAGAGUAUCAACGUAUUGCUGUACCGCAUUUAGAUAGAUAAAUGUACAUGAAAAAAAGAAACCAUUUAUUUUUCAUGUGCAAAUUAUUUAAGAGCGCGAAUAUUUUUGUUCAUCGAUUAUUACUUAUUUAUUACAGUAUUUUGUGAAUGUAAGACUGUACUUAGACUUCAAUAUUCGAUAUUUCAAGUUGAUGCAAUUAUAUCAAUUAAAUAAAUUCUAAAAAUAUUUCAGCUCA